CGCCCAGGUGGGCGCGUGUGCCGCUCCCUGAUCUCUGCCGAGGCACUGUGUUCCAGCGGGAGCUCGUUGCAGGCGGUGAGGGCCCGCCUCCCAGCCGGGCAGGAGGCGUGGGCAUGGAGCUGGCCGCCGUCGCCAUGCCCCGGGCCCGCGCCGCUGCCUAGGGCGACCCGAGGGACGCUGCCUAGGGCGCGGCUCCGGGGACCCGUGCGGCCUAUCACGGCCCGGCGCUGCGCGGAUGGCCCUGCUCCUGCGGCCCGUGCUCGCCGUCCUUCUCCUCCUGACCGCCGCUUUCAGGUGCCAGGAGCAGGCCCAGACCACCGACUGGAGAGCCUCCCUGAAGACCAUCCGGAACGGCGUUCACAAGAUAGACACGUACCUGAACGCUGCCUUGGACCUCCUGGGAGGCGAGGACGGGCUCUGCCAGUAUAAGUGCAAUGACGGAUCUAAGCCUUUUCCACGUUACGGAUAUAAAGCCUCCCCGCCGAAUGGAUGUGGCUCCCCACUGUUUGGUGUUCAUCUUAACAUUGGCAUCCCUUCCUUGACAAAGUGCUGCAACCAACACGACAGGUGCUAUGAGACCUGCGGCAAAAGCAAAAACGACUGUGAUGAGGAGUUUCAAUAUUGCCUCUCCAAGAUUUGCCGAGAUGUGCAGAAAACACUAGGGCUAGCUCAGCAUGUGCAGGCAUGUGAAUCCACCGUGGAGCUCUUGUUUGACAGUGUUAUACAUUUAGGCUGUAAGCCGUACCUGGACAGCCAACGAGCUGCAUGUACGUGUCGCUACGAAGAAAAAACUGAUCUUUAAAGAAGAUGCUGACAGGUGGUGACAGCAGAUGAGGACAGAAGAGCAUAACCUUUGACGAAGAGCUAAUGUUUUCACAGCAUAAAGCUGCCUUAUUUUUGUGAAAGGAUUAUUUUAAGACCUUAUUUUGACAUUAAAACUUCAAACUAAAGAAACAAAUGCAGGUUAUCUUCCUGGAUGUUGCUGCCUUAGUGUGCCAUAUUGUCUUGACAAUCACAGGAAGAGGUGCAUGUUAAGGGAGAAUUUUUUAAAAGAAAGAGUCUAGCUCAGUUUUCACAACUAUAUUUAUCAAAAAAUAAGGUCAAAUGUAAAAUUCAUUAUAAGGUAUGUUCACCAGUAUCUUAUUUGGAAAUAUGGGGAAAUCUUCACUUAAAAGUAUGUUUGUCAGGGCUUCCCUGGUGGCACAGUGGUUGAGAGUCUGCCUGCCGAUGCAGGGGACAUGGGUUCGUGCCCCGGUCCGGGAGGAUCCCACAUGCCGCGGAGCGGCUGGGCCCGUGAGCCAUGGCCGCUGAGCCUGCGCAUCCAGAGCCUGUGCUCCGCAAUGGGAGAGGCCACAACAGUGAGAAAAAAAAAAAAAAGUAUGUUUGUUUACUGUAAAAAUUAAAAUAUACAUUUAUGCCGAGAAA